CUUGGUCUUCAUGUAAUGUUUCUGGAUGAGUAUCAAGAUCGACUCUUUGUGGGAGGAAAGAACCUGAUAUAUUCCCUCAGCUUAGACCAAAUCAGUGAGAAUUACAAAGAGAUCCAUUGGCCUAGUACACCCCUACAAACAGAGGAAUGCAGAAUCAAAGGAAGAUACGCUGAAGAGUGUGCAAAUUAUAUCCGUGUCCUGCAUCAUUACAACAGAACACACCUCAUGGCCUGUGGGACAGGGGCCUUUGAUCCCAUCUGUGCUUUUAUCAGAGUCGGCCAUCAAUCCGAGGUCCAUCUGUUUCAUCUGGAAGCUCACAGGCUGGAGAGAGGCCGUGGCAGGUGCCCCUUUGACUCCAGUUCCUCCUUCAUCUCCACUCUCUUUGGUGGUGCAUUGUUUGCUGGGCUCUACAGUGACUACUGGGGGAGAGAUGCUGCUAUCUUCCGCACAGUGGGGCACACAGCCCAUAUCCGGACCCAGCCAGAUGAUGACCGACUCUUGAAAGAACCUAAAUUUGUUAGCACCUAUAUGAUUCCUGACAAUGAAGACCAGGAGGAUAACAAGGUGUACUAUUUCUUUACCGAGAAAGCUAUAGAAGUGGAGACAGGAGCCCAUGCCAUCUACUCUCGAGUAGGAAGAGUCUGUGCAAAUGACAUGGGUGGACAGCGGAUGCUAGUGAAUAAGUGGACCACUUUCCUCAAAACCCGACUAGUCUGCUCUGUGCCAGGAAUGAAUGGCAUUGACACCUACUUUGAUGAGCUAGAGGAUGUCUUUUUACUCCACACUCGGGAUAACAAAAACCCAGUGAUAUUUGGACUCUUCAGCACUACAAGCAAUAUAUUCCGAGGAUAUGCUAUAUGUGUCUAUCACAUGGCUAGUUUCCGUGCAGCUUUCAAUGGACCGUAUGCACACAAAGAAGGGCCUGAAUACCACUGGUCUGUGUAUGAAGGAAAAGUACCAUACCCAAGACCUGGAUCAUGUGCCAGCAAAGUGAACGGAGGCCUACAUGAGAGUACCAAAGACUACCCUGAUGAAGCAAUCCAUUUUGCUCGAAGUCAUCCCCUGAUGCAUCAGCCUCUUAGGCCUAUUCAUAAGAGACCAGUCCUUGUGAAGACAGAUGGGAAAUACAGUUUCAAACAAAUAGCAGUAGACAGAGUGGAAGCAGAAGAUGGGCAAUAUGAUGUCUUAUUUAUUGGGACAGAUAAUGGGAUUGUUCUGAAGGUCAUUACAAUUUACAACCCAGACACAGAAUCAAUGGAAGAAGUGAUUCUUGAAGAGCUGCAAGUGUUCAAAGUGCCCGUUCCUAUUAUAUCAAUUGAAAUUUCUUCAAAAAGGCAACAAAUUUAUGUUGGUUCUGAGUCAGCCAUUGCCCAGCUGAAGUUCCAUCAAUGUGACAUGUACGGAACAGCCUGUGCUGAUUGCUGCCUGGCAAGGGAUCCUUACUGUGCUUGGGAUGGGAUUACUUGUUCCAAAUACUACCCCACAGGAACACAGACAAAGAGACGUUUCCGCAGACAAGAUGUCCGUCAUGGAAAUGCAGCUGAGCAGUGCUUUGGCCAGCAAUAUAUUGGAGACGCUCUGGAUCAAACUGAAGAGCAAGUGGUGUAUGGCAUAGAGCACAACAGCACUCUGCUGGAAUGUACUCCCAGGAGCUUGCAAGCAAAGGUGAUCUGGUUUGUGCAGAGAUCACAUGAAGCCAGAAGAGAAGAGGUGAAGAUGGAUGAUAGACUACUCAAGGUGAAACUGGGUCUCUUGUUCUUAAGACUGCACAAAACAGAUGCAGGGACAUACUUCUGCCAAACAGUGGAACACAGCAUUGUCCAUACAAUAAGAAAGACCACACUUGAAGUUGUGGAAGAAGACCGUGUAGAUGACAUGUUCAACAAAGACUAUGAAGAGGAUGUUUCUCAUAAGAUGCUAUGCCCUGCACAGAGCAGCAUCUCCCAGGGCUCUAGGCCAUGGUACAAGGAAUUUUUGCAGCUCAUAGGUUACAGCAACUUCCAGAGAGUAGAGGAGUACUGUGAAAAAGUGUGGUGUACGGAUAAGAAGAGGAGAUGGCUGAAGAUGUCUCCAUCCAAAUGGAAGUAUGCUAACCCACGAGAGAAGAAGGCCCGCAUCAAGCCUGAGCGUUAUCGUGUCCCCAGGCAUACUGCUGACUCUUGA